AUGGACUCCCCAAAGAAGUCGCGCUUCUCCUGUCUUCCUAGUUCCGAGUCCCUCACUUCACCGGCGGGGCCUCCGCUGAAUCCCGGCAGCUUCUCUAGCUGCAGUGAUGUCGGGAAGGCGAGCAAGACGGAGGACACCUUCAUAGUGGGGGAGUACCACCUCUCGUCAUGUCCCAUAUGCCUCGAGCGAUUCACACUCGACAACCCUGCCAUCCUCGUCGUGUGUGGCCAUGGGUUCCACCUGCAGUGCCUGGAGGAGUGGCGGCAGCGGUCGGCGAUGUGCCCUGUGUGCAUGAAACCACUACGCGGCGAGGGCGUGCCGAUGAUGUCUGCCCGGGAGACGCGGCGGCGGCGGCGCUACAAGGGCGGUGCCACGAGCGCAUGCGUUCAGCAGCAAGGCCCAGAGUGCGAGGGGUUGUGUGUGAUGGAUGCCAAGUCGGCACCGCUGCGCUGCGCCGUCACACCGUCGGAGGAGCACAUUGUUGGCGACGGUGCCGCGUGGUCGGUGCUGCGUGUGCUGCGGACCGUCUCGCGGUGGUGUUCGCGCAGCACGGAGUGA